UCACUCUCCACCAAAAUGGGUUUGUAAAAGCAAAGCAAACUCUCUCCUGUUUCCUAGGAGAGUUUUGCAGCAAAUUAAGAAAGAAGAAACACACACACACAGAGAAAUACAGUGAGUCUCAGAGAGAUGGGUAGAAACCCUAGGUGUACAAAAGAUGGAUUAAACAAAGGAGCAUGGACUGCUCUUGAAGAUAAAAUCCUCAUUGAUCAUGUCAAGACCCAUGGUGAAGGAAAAUGGAGUAACCUUGCCAAAGAAACAGGACUUAAGAGGUGUGGCAAGAGCUGUAGGCUACGGUGGAUGAAUUAUCUAAGACCUGACAUAAAAAGAGGGAACAUCUCACAAGAUGAAGAGGAAUUGAUCAUGAGACUACACAAGCUUUUAGGCAAUAGAUGGUCUUUGAUAGCAGGGAGACUUCCUGGACGUACUGAUAAUGAAAUCAAGAAUUAUUGGAAUUCCUAUUUAGCCAAGAAGACACAAGAUCAGAUUCCAUCACCAAAGUCUAGAACAGAUCAGAAAAAGCCAACCAUUAUAGUUCACCAUGAGUCUGAUGCAUUAUUAGAAGGCAAAGGGGUCCUUGUUUCUGCACAACCACAUGUGGAUGAUGACCAAAUUCAUGAGACGAAAGUACCAAUAUUUUUGACACCAACCGUGGAGACCAACAUGGUUAAGAACAAGUCCUCGAUAUCAGAAUCGAAUGCUGGGUCACCAUCAACUUCAAAGGAAGAGAACGUGUCUGACUUCAUUUUGGACUUAAGUCCUGACGACUUUUGCAAAAUGCUUGAUUCUGAUUUUGCACAGCUCAGUGACGUUGAUAUAAACGACCUGCAUAAUAUUGCAAUUGAAGAUAACAAAGGUUCUCUUCUAGUACUGUCCGAAGAGACAGAAAAUAAUGGGAGGGAAAGUGGUCAACCUAAUAAUUCUAAUAUGGUUUCAGAUUUCCAAUCAUUGUUUCUUGACUCAGAUGAUGGAUGGUUAGGAGAUGAUUUAGACAUUGCAUUUUCAGACUAAAUUUAAUUAGUUGGUCACACUUGGGUUUGCUGGUUUUUUAUUUCAAUAUUUUUUCAAUUUUCAAUGAUCCAUGCCCACCUGCUUAGCAGACUGGCCCUCUGUAUUUUGUCAAUAGAAUAAUUGUAUCUAGUUGUCUGCCUCCGUUAAAGGCAAUUUUUUAAA